AUGUUGCUACCGGGUGGUGGAUUAGGGAUGAAUUCCAUGAUGGAUGAUAUGAAUUUGAUUCAGCAGGCACAGAGGCAUCACUUGGUGGUUCGGGAGCUUGGAGAAGAGAUUGAUUUAGAAAUUGGACCUGGGGAUGAUGAUCCUGCAUUUGCUAACACCCCCCUCAUUGGUGGUCCGCCACGAGAACCUUCUGCUGAGGAUCAUGAUGAAAGCAAGAAUAUGGUAAUGGUUUCUCAAAUCCCUAGUGAUGACCAAGAUAUGUCAAAGGGACAACCAGUAAAAAGGAAGAAAAAGGUUGUGAAAAGAUGGAGAGAGGAAUGGGCAGAUACCUACAAAUGGGCUUAUGUUGAUGUCAAGGAAGGGACGGCUAGGAUUUUUUGCUCUGUGUGUAGGGAGUAUGGCCGGAAGCAUAGAAGAAACCCCUAUGGAAAUGAGGGUAGCCGAAAUAUGCAGAUGAGUGCACUCGAGGAACACAACAAUAGUUUGCUUCACAAAGAGGCACUUCGCCUUCAAAUGGCUUCCAAGGAUAAGAUCAUUGCUGACAAACCCAUUUAUGUCAAAGCUCUUAUGUCAAAAACGGCUGGAUCAAUCGUUGAAGCUGCACUGAAAAGGGAUCCUCAUGAGGUUGAGUUCAUACAAUCGCUGCAAGAAGUAGUUCAUGCUUUAGAAAGAGUGAUUGCAAAAAAUUCUCAUUAUGUAAGCAUCAUGGAGCGCUUGUUAGAACCUGAGCGUAUGAUUGUUUUCCGAGUGCCAUGGGUGGAUGAUAGAGCAUUACCAAGUUUCUUGGAUUUGAAACAGACUUUAAAGAAUGCCUUGUCACCAUACAAAAUCGGAGGGGCAGCGGGCGGUAGUGAUUUUGAUCCAAAGGGAAAAAGUGAUAAUGAGCUGGCAGGUUAUGCGUUUUGCCAAAGUUUUAUGAAUGAGAUGUAUCGCUAUUUGGGUAUUGACAAGGACCUUCCUUCAGAGGAGAUGGGUGUUGGUACUCGGGAGAUGGGAUAUCUCUUCGGACAAUAUAGACGUCUAGCUGGUCACUUUCAGGUACCAGAAACACCGGGAAGUUUUACAGGGCCAAGGAUAUUUUGGUCUGGUUCUAGCCUUCGAACUGAAGCGACUGGAUAUGGGCUGGUUUUCUUUGCACAGCUCCUACUUGCAGACCUGAAUAAAGAUUUCAAAGGAUUAAGGUGUGUUGUGAGCGGCUCAGGAAAGAUUGCUUUGCAUGUCCUGGAGAAGCUUAUUGCAUAUGGUGCUCUUCCCAUUACAGUUUCUGAUUCAAAGGGUUAUCUGGUGGAUGAGGAAGGAUUUGAUUAUAUGAAAAUCUCAUUUUUGAGAGAGAUCAAAGCGCAAAAUAGAAGUUUGAGAGAUUAUUCAAAGACUUAUGCUCGAUCUAAGUAUUAUGAUGAAGCGAAACCUUGGACUGAAAGGUGUGAUGUUGCAUUUCCUUGUGCUACACAGAAUGAAAUUGAUCAGUCUGACGCCAUUAGUCUGGUUAAUUCAGGUUGUCGUAUACUAGUAGAAGCUAAUGUUCUAAUUGCUCCUGCAGUGGCUGCUGGUGCUGGUUCAAGAUCUAACAUCUGGGUUUUUAAGGAAGUGGCACUGGGAGAAUAUGUGGGAAGUGGUGGCUGGAGAAUUGAAUUGAACCACGAGUGUAAUUCAGUGAACUGGUCCCCCGAGGACUUUGAAUCUAAAUUACAGGAAGCAAUGAAACAGACUUAUCAGAGAAGCCUCAAAGCCGCAGCUGAUUUUGGGUUACCAGAAAGAAAGUCCUGA